AAAAAAUCUUCAAUUACAGGUUCGCUCUCCUGAAUUCAUGUUGUCUUUGGAAUUGAAUUGAUUCUGGGUCGGAGGGGAGGGGAAUAAGUUGAGAAGCCAUGGCGUGCAGUGCAGGCGUGUUGAGCUUUGCUACACCGCUAAUGCAAAAAUCCAAGGUACGCCAAAGGCCUUCUACUUCUUCUUCUUCUUCUUCUUCUUUGGAUUGCACAGCUUCGACUUCUUCUUCUGCUUCUGCUUCUGCUUCUGCUACCAGUACUACAAGUACUGAGCAAGAUUCCAGAAACAAAUUUAGUUAUAGUAGAGCUUCUCCGUCUGUGAGAUGGCCACACUUGACAUUCACCGAUACCCAACGCAAUUCACAACGGUUCCAGUCUCCUCCACUCACCCCAAUCGAAAAUGAUUCCGCGUUUGAGAUAGAGGUGAAUGACGAGAGCCAGGAGGAGGAGGAUUUGGAUGGGGGCAGGACUAGGGCUAGGAGUAGGACUAAGGCUAAGAAAAUGACGAAAUUGGCGCUGAAGAGGGACAAAGAUUGGCGAAAGAGGGUUCAAUUUUUGACCGAAAAGAUUUUGCAGUUGAAAUCCGAGGAGUUUGUGGCCGAUGUGUUGGAUGAGAAGUUGGUGCAGAUGACCCCCACUGAUUUCUGCUUUGUGGUCAAGUGGGUUGGGAAAUCUAGCUGGCAAAGGGCAUUGGAGAUUUACGAGUGGCUUAACCUUCGCCACUGGUAUUCUCCCAAUGCUAGAAUGCUGGCUACAAUACUGGGCGUGCUUGGGAAGGCCAACCAGCAAGUGUUGGCUGUAGAAAUCUUUACUAGGGCAGAGCCAACUCUUGGUAACACUGUGCAGGUGUAUAAUGCAAUGAUGGGUGUUUAUGCUCGAAACGGCCAAUUCCUUAAAGUUCAAGAAUUGCUUAAUUUAAUGCGCAAACGAGGUUGUGAUCCUGACCUUGUGAGUUUCAAUACUCUCAUAAAUGCCCGCCUCAAAUCGGGGCCUAUGGCACCAGGUUUGGCAAUUGAACUUUUAGAUAAUGUUAGGAGUUCAGGGCUUCGCCCUGACAUAAUAACAUAUAACACUCUUAUCAGUGCUUGUUCGCGUGAGUCAAACUUGAAGGAAGCUGUAAAAGUUUUUAGUGAUAUGGAAACUAAUAGAUGUCAGCCUGAUUUGUGGACUUAUAAUGCUAUGAUUUCAGUUUUUGGAAGAUGUGGUCUGGCUAGUGAAGCUGAAAAGAUUUUUAAGGAUCUGGAGUUCAAAGGGUUUUAUCCGGAUGCAGUGACGUAUAAUUCGCUGCUCUAUGCAUUUGCAAAAGAAGGAAACCUUGAAAAGGUUAAGGAAACCUGUGAAGAAAUGAUAAAGAUGGGGUUUGGAAAGGAUGAGAUGACUUAUAACACCAUGCUGCACAUGUAUGGAAAGAAGGGCCAACAUGAUUUGGCUCUGCAACUUUACCGAGAGAUGAAGUCUUUGGGCCGAGAUCCUGAUGUAGUUACAUACACUAUUCUUAUUGACUCGCUAGGGAAAACAAAUAAGAUGACAGAAGCUGCGAAUAUGAUGUCAGAGAUGUUAAAUUCUGGGAUUAAGCCAACUGUGAAAACGUAUUGUGCUUUGAUCUGUGGUUAUGCAAAAUCUGGGAGGCAAACGGACGCAGAAGAGAUGUUCAAUUGCAUGACACGUUCUGGUAUCAAACCAGAUCGCUUGGCAUACUCUGUUAUGCUGGACAUGCAUUUAAGGUCUAAUCAGACGAAGAAGGCAAUGUUGUUAUAUCAUGACAUGAUAAAUGAUGGAUAUGCUCCUGAACUUUCCAUCUAUGAGUCCAUCCUAAAAGUAUUGAGAAAAGAAAAUGAUGAAGAAGGUAUUCAAAAAGUGAUCACGGACUUGGAAGAACUGUGUAAUUUGAGUCCAGAAGGCAUUUCAUCUCUACUUGUUAAGGGGGAGUGUUAUAAUCUUGCAGCCAAAAUGUUGAAGUUAUCCAUAACACAAGGUUAUAAACUGGACAAAGACAAUUUGUUGUCUAUUCUGGGAUCUUAUAGUUCAUCUGGCAAUCAUUCAGAAGCUAUAGAGUUACUAAAUUUUGUGAAAGAGCAUGUAGAAGAAUCCCAGAAGUUUCUAAGUGAAGCAAUGAUUGUCAUGCUCUGCAAAGCUAACCAAUUGACUGCUGCUUUGGAUGAGUACUUCAAAAGUAGCAACUACAGUUCACACAAUGGUAGUUUUGCAGUGUUUGAGUACCUCAUUAAGUGUUGCGAGGCAGAUGAACGAUUUGCUGAGGCUUCUCAAAUAUUUUCUGACAUGAGAGCUAGUGGGCUGGAACUUUCUCAGGAUGUUUACAGAACCAUGGCUACUAUCUAUCUGAUGAUGGGUUUCCCAGAGACAGGUCAUUAUUUGGUCAAUCAGGCAGAAGCACAUGGCAUUCCUAUUGAUGAUGUUUCCAUUUAUGUUGGUCUAAUUGAGGCUUAUGGGAAAUUGAAGCUACUAGAAAAGGCUGAAGAUGUUGUGGCAACUCUGAAGCGGAGGUGUAAUGUUGUGGAUCGCAAGGCUUGGAAUGCAUUAAUACAAGCUUAUGCUGUAAGUGGCUUGUAUGAGAAAGCAAGAGCAGUUUUCAACAGAAUGAUGAGAGAUGGUCCCUCUCCUACAGUGGAUACCGUCAAUAGUCUCAUGCAAGCAUUGAUUGUUGAUGACAGAUUAAAUGAGCUAUAUGUUGUGAUACAGGAACUACAAGAUAUGGGUUUUAAAAUUAGUAAGAGUACCAUCAUUUUGAUGCUUGAUGCAUUUGCAAAGGCGGGGAACAUAUUUGAAGUAAAGAAAAUAUACCAUGGAAUGAAGGCUGCUGGGUAUUUUCCUACCAUGCAUCUUUACAGAGUGAUGAUUGGGUUAUUGUCCAGGGCAAAACGAGUUACAGACGUUGAGGCCAUGCUUUCUGAGAUGGAGGAAUUAGGAUUCAAACCUGACCUUUCAGUGUGGAAUUCUAUGCUCAAGUUAUAUACUAAAAUUGAAGAUUUCAAGAAGACAGUUUAUAUAUACCAACGAAUUCAAGAAGCUGGACUCAAACCAGAUGCAGAAACUUACAACACUUUGAUAAUUAUGUACUGUAGAGAUCGUUGUCCAGAGCGAGGUUUUUCACUUAUGCAAGAAAUGCGACAGCAAGGUUUGAAUCCUGAGAUGGACACUUACAAAAGCCUCAUUGCUGCAUUUUGUAAAGAGCUGAUGGUGGAACAAGCUGAGGAGCUCUUUGAAUGCCUGAAGUCAGAGGGUCAUAAACUUGAUCGCUCUUUCUAUCAUUUAAUGAUGAAAAUGUAUCGAAGCUCUGGCAAUUCUUCUAAAGCUGAACAGUUAAUACUGAAGAUGGAGGAAUCAGGAAUUCAACCUUCCACUGCAACAAUGCAUUUGCUGAUGACUUCUUAUGGGAGCUCAGGACAUCCUAGAGAAGCAGACAAAGUGUUGAAUGAUUUGAAGUCAACUGGUGCAACUCUGAGUACAUUACCAUAUGGUUCAGUUAUUGAUUCUUAUCUUAAGAAUGGAGACUACAAUAUUGGCAUUCAAAAGCUUAAAGACAUGAUUGAAGAGGGUCCAGAACCAGAUCACCGGAUAUGGACCUGCUUCACUCGAGCAGCAAGUUUAUGUGAUCAUAUUAGUGAAGCCAAAAUUUUAUUAACUUCUGUUGCAGAUGCUGGUUUUGAUCUUCCUUUAAGGCUUCUGACCGAGCAGUCGGAAUCACUAGUUUUGGAGACUGAUCAAUACCUUGAGCAAAUUGCAUCUACAGAAGAUGAUGCAGCAUUUAACUUUGUCAAUGCUUUGGAAGACCUAUUAUGGGCUUUUGAGCAACGAGCCACUGCUUCAUGGAUAUUUCAGUUAGCAAUUAAGAAGAGCAUUUAUCGUCAUGAUGUGUUCAGGGUGGCUGACAAGGAUUGGGGCGCUGAUUUCAGAAAGCUAUCUGCUGGAGCUGCUUUGGUUGGUCUAACUUUAUGGCUUGACCACAUGCAGGAUGCUUCGCUGGAAGGUUUCCCUGAAUCCCCAAAAUCUAUUGUACUAAUCACUGGUACUGCAGAAUACAACAAGGUUUCUUUGAACAGUACAUUGAAGGCAUACCUUUGGGAGAUGGGCUCUCCAUUCCUCCCUUGUAAAACCCAAACAGGAAUUCUGAUAGCCAAAGGUCAUUCCUUACGGAUGUGGCUGAAGGACUCCCCAUUUUGUUUGGAUCUUGAGUUGAAAAAUAGAACUAUUCUGUCUGAGACAAAUUCGAUGCACCUUAUUGAAGGAUGUUUUGUAAGACGUGGACUUGUUCCAGCAUAUAAGGACAUAACUGAGCGGCUUGGGCUGGUACCCCCUAAGAAGUUUUCGAGGCUUGCUUUACUGCCAGAUGAGAAAAGAGAGAGAGUUAUUAAUGCAGACAUUGAAGGGCGAAAAGGAAAAUUAGUCAAGUCUAAUAAAACUGGGAUAACAAGAAAGAAGAAAAUCACAAACUUUAGGAAGAAAAGGCUUCUUAGGAGGACUCAUCCAUGAACAUCACAGGAUGGAGUCUUGAUUGCUUACUGGAGAAUAAAAUGCAUCUCAGUUCAGUAUGUCUGGAAAAUUCUGUCAGAGAGCCAGUGGUGUCUAUUCCUGCUUGGGAGGACAAGCGCUUUUGCUGCAGAGAUUUAGUCCCACCCUGCAUAAUCCGUUUGCAUAAUGAAGCCGAAUAGUUACUUGCAACUCCUUUAGCUUCAAGCUCUGGAAAUGUAACACUUAAGCAUGCUAUCAUUAGCCACCACCCGCCAGUAAGGUACUGGACUUGUGGCUGUUUUCAUCAUGUCUGUUGAAAACUUUGCAGGAUGGAAAUACCCCUCAUCGACUUUUCAAAUAACUCAUAAUUCCUACUUUGCUGGAUUUCUAGUGUGUAGAUUGAUCAUCUAACUUGUCUCUAGUAUUCUCUUCAGUGUAUAUAUCACUGCUCCAGCAGCAGCAGGAUCUGGGGUUCAUGGAAUUAAGGGUUACUCAAAUGGUGGGCUAUGACAGCUGGUUGAUCUUGCCUCCAUUUGCUGGGGACAUUGGAAGACUGAGCUGAUUCUGGUUUAUUACAAUAUUUAGAUUUGAUAGGAAAUGCAAUUUCUUCUCCUUGAAAAGAUAGAAAUCAUACUAUAAUAUCUCCACAGGAUCGAUCCCUUGACAUUUGGUUAAGGAUGGAUGACAGUGCCUCCCACUCAACCGCCCUCCAAGUUCAACCAAUUGCUUUGUAGCAUGUCUUUUAAUUUUGCACUCAUUAAUCAUUUUGUUUGUCAGUUGUUAUUUGCUAGUUGUUUUAGUCUCUAAUUAUUUAUCAGUGUAAUAUACAUCAUUAACUCCACAAAAAAGUUACUCCGUACAAUUUUAAUA